AAGGGAGCUAACAAACAUUUCAGUGGAUUGAAUAAACUACCAAGUCAGCAAGAAACGGUCUUAACUCUUCAUAUCCGACAAAUAGAAAUGGCCACAACCAUCGAAUUUUCCAACUCCCUUAUAUCAACUUCCAUUUGCUUGACCAUUUCUUCAAAAUUUCUCUAUCAUCACUCUCUCCUUCAAUUCUCCCCAAAAACAAACAUACAACUGAAAAAAAUUCUUCGCCGGAAAAAACCAUGCCGAUGACGGAUAAUCAAGGAUCGUUCCUUAAUCGGAUAAGCAUUCGCCGGAAUCAAGUUUCCAAUAUGGAAAACAAUCAUGAACAAGACAUCGAAGACCUUGAACUUUUCCAAAAACACGUAGCUGAUCGAUUUUCCGAUCUUUUACCAAAUGAUCCUUCAUCAACUACUGAUUCUCCAGCAAAAGAUCACUCACCUCUAUUCUCAAUUUCAUGGUUUCGUAAAUUGCUCGAUGUUUUCCUAUGUUGUGAGGCUGAAUUUAAAGCGCUUGUUUUAAUUGGACGUGAUCCUGUUCAAUUUUCGAAACCUCCAUUGGACCGUCUUGUUCCUGAUAUCUUAGAACGUUCGAUUAAGUCUCUUGAUAUUUGUAAUGCGGUGACGCACGGGUUAGAACUCGUGCGUCACUGGCAAAAGCUAGCUCAAAUCGCCGUUACAGCGUUUGAACAAAAGCCAAUGGGAGACGGACAAGUAAGACGCGCUAAAAAGGCGUUGAACACAUUGCUUACGUCGAUGAUGUUAGAUGAUAAGGAGAAUAAUUAUCACGCAAAAGCUGCUGAGCGCACGUGGUCAUUUGGCAGGCGUAGCGGUGGUGGUGGUGCUGCUGGGAAUAAUAAUAAAGACAGAACUAAUGGAACGUUUCGUUCUAUGUCAUGGUCCGUAGCAAAAUCGUGGUCCGCUUCGAAACAGAUUCAGGCAAUGGCCUCCAAUCUCGUUGCGCCACGUGGCGGUGAGCCGACGGGGCUGGCGGUCCCGAUUUAUGCCAUGGGCACAAUUUUCGUGUUCGUGAUGUGGGCCCUGGUGGCGGCGAUUCCGUGUCAGGAACGGACAGGUCUGUUAACACAUCUUCCAUUGCCGAGGAAUUUGAAUUGGGGACAGGCUUUAAUUGCACUGCAGGAUAAAAUCGCAGAGGAAUGGAAGAAAAAGGAGAAAAAGGGAACGACCGGGUUAUUAGAUGAAAUGCAGAAAAUGGAGAAAGUGGCACAGAAUUUGGUGGAUUUCGCCGAAAAUUUUCAGUUUCCGGCAGAGGAGGAGAAACUGGAAGAGGUGGCGGCACAGGUGGCGGAGAUGGCGGAGAUAUGCCGGAAAAUGGAGGAAGGGUUAGCGCCGUUGCAACAACAGAUUAGGGAAGUGUUUCACAGGAUUGUAAGGAGCAGAGCUGAAGUCCUUGAUGUUCUUGAUCAAAUUGGUAAAAUGUCAACACCAGUUCCAUAUUGACUUUAAAAAAAAAAAAAAAGGAUUCAAUUUUUACAAUUUCCAACUGGGGAUUGGAAUUAGUUUAUUUUGUUAUUGUUUUUUUGUUUUGUGCUCUGCUGUUUACAGAGGAAAAAUCUCUGUUUGCAAAAGGCUGACAAAUUUUUGUGAUAAUUCUUAUACUAUAAUCAAGUUUUUAUUUGUUUCAUUCUGUAAAAAGAAAUGAACAGUAAAUUGAUAGCUCUA